AUGGCAGCGAGCAAGGAAUGGCACGAAGCCUACCCUAAUCCUCGCAACCAAUCGCCUGAUGCUAUCAGUCGGCAAGCUUUGCUCGAACGCCUACGAAAAGGCCAAAAACCUGGCGUGGACUUUUUGCUCGUGGAUCUCCGAAAAGCAGACCAUCAGAUGACUCGGCAAUUAAUUCGUGUUCAUGCAGGCUCGUCCCAACAUCGCGGUAGUCGGGCUGCUGGGUGGUUUGACGAUUUGAUCAAGGACCGCCAGGUGGCUGAUGUUCAGAGCUUCAUAUUACGUGAUGGUAUCGCUGGCUGGGCUCGCGCAGGAGAUGAGUACACUCAAAUGAUGGACGAAUACGAUGCCGAAACCUGGACUAGCAAAUAG